AGAAUAUGGAUGCCAGUUGGUGUGGUGGUAGUUUGCUUCCUGGUGAUAGUUAUCCAUAUUGGUUAGCCUUCAACUCCGAAGGUUCUUCGGUAACUUUUGAAGUACCUCAAGUGAAAGGGCGUACGUUGAAGAAAGUAAUGAUAUGCAUUGUCUAUUCUUCAACCUUGGAUAACAUAACAUCAGAUGGCCUUACAAGCUUGUUGGUGAAAAAUUACACGAAGGCCACCAUUCAACUCUAUAAGAGAGAGGCAGCAGUCUCCUUUGAAGAUGAGGAGGGGGAGAGAGUAGUAUCAAGUAUAGAAGCUGGUAACAAAGUUGAGAUUGUUGUUGUUUUUAAGAACGGUUUCAUUGUGAAGAAGACAGCUGUUUAUCUCAUAUAUGAUGAACCAAUUGGUGAAACUAUGGAGCAAUGUCAUGCACGGACAUAUAAGAAUGUUAAUGUUUGUAGUGGUGAUAAAACUGAAAGCUUUGAAAGAGAGGUCUCUUCUCAUGCAGAAGAAAAGAAUCAACCUAUUGUUAGUAGUGAUGAAGAAAAUGAAGGCUUUGUCAGAAGGGUCUAUCUUGCGCAAGAUAAGAAUGAACCAAUUGUUUGUAGUGCUGAAGAAAAGGAAGGCUUUGUCAGGAAGGUAUCUCCUCAAGUGGCUCCCAUUGAUGAUUUAAAGCAUAACAAAAAGAAGAAAAUUCUCAAGAGGAGAUGGAAGACAGUAAAAGAAUGGUUGGAUAAGUAUUGGUGCUGCUAGUUGUCUUGGACCGAUCAAAUAAAGUUUUGAAGUGUCGAUGACAGGUUUUAUCCUCAGAUUGGUAGCUACUAUUGCUCUGGUUUCUGAAACAUUGGGUUCUGGGGUAAGUGAAGUUGCCAUUUAACUUGAUUCUGAAGCCAUGAUCUUAAUUCUUAAAAGGAAAUGAGUCAUGGUUCUAGAUAAGUCAUUCAA